AAAUAUUUCCAUCUUUUGCAUAAAUUAUGUAAUGAGUAUGUUGCAACAAUCACAUUUCUGUUUAGUAGUUUUAAAAAUGAAAACAGUGAUGUGAUUGGUGGUUGCUGUGCCACAUGUCCCCCCCCUUAUCCCCGCCCCUUUAUUUAUUAUUCCUUUAUCAGCAGUCACACUCCUAUCUGUGGGUGGGGCGUGGCCAUAAUAUAGACAGCGUCUGAUUGGCUGAGCGGAUGACACCAUGCUUCCUGAUUGGUCGCUCGGUGCCGGCUCAUUAGACUAGGAAUGACAAGGAGCUGUCACUGUGUCCCCCGCUCACUGCACGCCGGCCGGGCUGAGGGAUGCGCAGUGUAUCCGCUAGUCCUGCAUUAUUCCCGGUACUAUGGUGUCCACGGAGCUCGGCCAUCACCACAAUGGACUCACCCUGGGGAAGGAGGUCGGCGGGGACGGCCUGGCCAGCCCGAGCAGUAACGGGGAGGUGGUGACGGUGUUUGUGAGCCCCGGCGCGGAGCAGGAUGAGAGACAAGCCUUCCUGCCCGGGCUGGCGGUGGCUCCGGUGCCGGAGACCCGGCUGUUUGCGCGGCGGUUCGCGGUUCUGUCCGUCUUCUCGCUGUACUCUCUGGUGAACGCCUUCCAGUGGAUCCAGUACAGCAUCCUCGCCAGCAUCUUCACCGGCUUCUACCGGGUGUCCUACCAGGACAUAGACUGGCUGUCCAUGGUCUACAUGCUGGUCUACAUCCCGCUCAUCUUCCCGGCCACCUGGCUGCUGGACACCAAGGGGCUGCGGCUCACCGCCCUGCUGGGCUCCGGCCUCAACUGCCUGGGAGCCUGGGUGAAGUGCGCCAGCGCCCGCUCCGACCUCUUCCCGGUCACCGUGUUCGCACAGCUCGUGUGUUCCGUGGCGCAGAUCUUCAUCCUCGGGCUGCCCUCCCGGGUGGCAUCCGUCUGGUUCGGACCCAAGGAGGUGUCCACUGCCUGUGCCACGGCCGUGCUGGGCAACCAGCUUGGCACUGCCAUCGGGUUCCUUCUCCCUCCUGUGCUGGUUCCGAGGUCGGACGACAACGAUGUGACUGCGCAUAACAUCAGCGUCAUGUUUUACGGCACAGCCGCGGUGUCCACGCUUCUCUUCGUCCUGACUAUUGCAGUCUUUAAAGAGAAGCCGAAGCUCCCCCCGAGUCAGUCGCAGGCCGUCCUGCAGGGCUCCCUUCCCGAGGAAUAUUCCUACAAGCAAUCCAUACUCAAUCUCUUCAAGAACAUCCCCUUCGUGCUGCUGCUGAUCAGCUACGGGAUCAUGACCGGCUCCUUCUAUUCCGUAUCCACGCUGCUCAAUCAGAUGAUCACAUUUCACUACGAGGGGGAAGAAGUAAAUGCCGGCAGGAUUGGGCUCACCCUGGUUAUAGCCGGAAUGGUGGGUUCAGUCAUUUGUGGAGUGUGGCUGGACUAUACCAAGACAUACAAGCAGACCACGCUGAUCGUCUACGUCUUAUCAUUUAUCGGGAUGCUGGUCUUUACAUUCACCCUGGAUCUUGGGAACCUCAUUGUUGUGUUUGUGACAGGAGGAGCUCUUGGAUUCUUUAUGACGGGAUAUCUUCCCCUGGGAUUUGAGUUUGCUGUAGAGAUCACAUACCCAGAGUCGGAAGGCACGUCAUCGGGACUGCUGAACGCCUCCGCACAGAUAUUCGGGAUGCUGUUUACUCUGGCACAAGGAAAGCUGACAACAGACUUCAGCCCCCGGGCCGGCAACCUCUUCCUCUGCGCCUGGAUGUUUGUAGGGAUCAUUUUAACAGCUCUUAUCAAAUCAGACCUGCGGCGGCACAAUGUAAAUUCUGGAAUAACAAAGUCCGAUGUCAAGUCUGUACCCGUGGACAGUCCUGUAGAAGCGGCACCUAGUAUACAGUCAGCAACAUCGCUGUAGUCUGCGGCUGGAUCCUCCCAUGGAGACCAAGUGACUUGUAUUUAGCACACUGUAUUUAUUGGACCUCCUAGUAUUUAUUUUAUUGCCUCUUUUCUUGAGGUUUUUACCACUUGACGACAGAACCACAAACUUCAUUCAUACACGAGGUGGUCAUACUGCUCCGAACAGUAACUUAUUUUUUUUCACUCUGAAUGAAAGUCUUUUAUAUGUCUAUUGCCUUUUUUGCUAUGAUGUUUUUUAUUUUUAGCGGUUGUGCAAUUGCAGCAGACAAUACCGAGUCUAGGUUCUUGUAGCAUUUCUAUAUAAAAUAUCUCGUCGUGUCUUUUGUAAGGGUACGUUCACACUGAGAAUUUCCGCCUGGGCAAAUUCUGGGCAGAGAUUCCCUAUACAGCAGAUGCCGCUACAGCAAUGUAGUCCCCAUGGACGAAAUUCCCCUGCGGAAUCCCAUUGACAGAAGCUGCUACAAAGCGAAUCCGCCUAGAAUUUCCAAGCAGUGUAAACAGGUCCUUACACUGACACUGAAUGCUUUAUGGCUAUGUUCACAUGGUGUAAAGCAGUGUUUCCCAACCAG